GUUAGAGGCCGCAGCGUGGGUUCGUCUGCAACGAGAAGCUGUAGGUGCUGAUUUGAAGGAGUUAAGAAGCUAUUAGGCAGGAGCCGCAUUCGCAGCUGCGGGAUUACGGGCUCCGGGUGUUGGAGGAGAUGGAGGGCGGCGGCGGCGGCGGCGACGAGGGGCGCUGCUCGGGCAGCGCGCUGUUCUCUGGGUUCCGCGCCCUCGGGCUCUUCAGCUCCCACAUCCCGCACGUGGUUCGUUAUCACGGCCGGCACCGCAGGUUCUACGUGACAACUUGCGUGGGGAAGAGUUUCCACACUUAUAAUGUCCAGAAACUUAGUCUGGUAGCAGUAAGCAAUUCUGUACCUCAGGAUAUCACUUGUUUGGCAGCCGAUGGGAGGCUUGUCUUUGCUGCAUAUGGGAAUGUUUUCUCUGCGUUUUCCCGGAACAAAGAGGUAACACAUACCUUCAGGGGUCACAAUGCAGAAAUUAACCUCUUACUGCCAUUUGGGGAUCAUAUCAUCUCUAUUGAUACAGACAGUAUUCUCAUUAUUUGGCAUAUAUAUUCAGAAGAAAAGUACCUGCAGUUGACCUUUGAUAAGGCUGUUUUUAAAAUUUCUACCAUUUUGCAUCCCAGUACCUACCUGAACAAAAUUCUCCUUGGGAGUGAGCAAGGAAGCCUGCAAUUGUGGAAUGUAAAAUCCAACAAACUUCUGUAUACAUUUCCAGGAUGGAGUGUUGCAGUGACGGCUCUCCAACAGGCACCAGCAGUGGAUGUCAUUGCAGUUGGACUUGUGUCUGGUCAGAUUAUUAUCCACAACAUUAAAUUUAAUGAAACAUUGAUGAAGUUUCGCCAAGAUUGGGGCCCUGUCACUUCAAUUUCUUUCCGCACAGAUGGACAUCCAGUAAUGGCAUCUGGUAGUCCACUUGGUCAUAUCAGUCUUUGGGACCUGGAAGAGAGAAAACUAAUUAAUCAGAUGAGAAAUGCCCAUUCCACAGCAAUUGCUGGUCUGACAUUUCUCCAUGGAGAGCCACUUCUUCUUACUAAUGGUGCUGAUAAUGCCCUGAGGAUUUGGAUAUUUGAUGGUACUGCAGGUGAAGGUCGACUUUUGAAAUUCAGAAUGGGUCAUAGUGCACCUUUAACUAAAAUUAGAUACUAUGGACAAAAUGGACAGCAAAUUCUUAGUGCAAGUCAUGAUGGUACUUUGCAGUCAUUUUCCACAAUUCAUGAAAAAUACAACAAGAAUUUGGGACUUGGAAUGAUAAAUAAAAAGCAAGCCAAACGUAAAGGCCUUAAGAAUUGUGAGUCAAUGAAACUUCCACCCAUAACAGUAUUUGUAGCAGAGAAUGCUCGUGAGAGUGACUGGGAUGGAAUCAUUGCUUGCCAUCAAGGAAGAUUUUCUUGUUCAACCUGGAAUUAUCAAAAAUGUACCAUGGGUGCUUAUUUUCUGAAACCAGAAAAUUGGAAAAAAGAUAAACUACAUAACACAACUGCAACAGCUAUAGAUAUCACUUCCUGUGGAAACUUUGCUGUAAUUGGUCUUACAUCAGGAAAUGUUGAUGUCUAUAACAUGCAAUCUGGCAUGCAUCGAGGUUCAUUUGGAAUGAAUAAAGCCCAUGAAGGUGCUGUUAGAGGAGUGGCAGUAGAUGGAUUAAACCAGUUAACAAUUACAGCUGGUAGUGAAGGAUUACUCAAAUUCUGGAACUUUAAGAGUAAAAUGUUAAUUCAUACUACAAACCUAAAUUCAUCUCCAAAUAUCAUACUGCUACAUAGAGACAGUGGCAUCCUGGGAAUUGCCUCAGAUGACUUCAGCCUAAGUGUUAUAGACAUAGAAACCAGAAGGACUGUCAGAGAAUUUUUUGGACACCAAGGCCAGAUAAAUGACAUGGCUUUCAGUCCUGAUGGUCGUUGGUUAAUAAGUGGUUCAAUGGAUUGUUCAAUUAGGAUUUGGGACCUUCCAUCUGGGUGCCUUAUAGAUUGUUUCUUAGUGGAUUCAGCUCCUGUCAGUCUUACUAUGUCUCCCACUGGAGACUUUCUAGCCACUUCCCAUGUGGAUAAUCUUGGAAUUUAUCUGUGGUCUAACAUUUCCCUGUAUUCACUUGUUUCAUUACGGCCACUUUCACCCGAUUAUGUUCCUUCUGUUGUAAUGCUUCCUGGUACCUGCUAUAACGAAGAAGUCGAACUCUUAGAAGAAAUCGAAGGACCAAAUGAUGAAAUGAUAGAUUAUGACUCACCAGAACAGCUCAAUGAGCAGCUGUUGACUCUGUCGCUACUACCUGAAUCAAGGUGGAAAAAUCUUCUCAAUCUUGCAGUUAUUAAGAAAAAGAAUAAACCAAAGGAACCUCCCAAAGUGCCUAAAUCAGCACCAUUUUUUAUACCUACGGUUCCUGGCCUUGUACCAAAAUACCUUUCCUCUGAGCAAGAUACAAAUGCCCAACAGUCUAAAGUAAUAAAUCUUGGAGUUUUGGCUCAAAAAUCUGAUUUCUGUCUGAAACUUGAAGAAGGACUGAACGAUAAUAAAUAUGAAUCUCCACUUAAUAUUCUUAAGGAAUUGGGCCCUUCAGCUAUUGAAAUAGAACUACGAAGCUUAUCUCCAGAAUGUGGUGGCUCUGUAAAACUCAUGCAGAGUUUCUUGAAAAUGAUUGGGGCAAUGUUAACCACGAAGCGUGAUUUUGAACUGGCCCAGGCAUAUCUGGCUUUAUUUUUAAAGUUGCAUCUUAAAAUUCUUCCUUCCGAGCCAGUAUUACUGGAAGAAAUGACCACAUUGUCUUCACACUUGGAAGAGACCUGGAUUCAUCUGCAGUCUCUCUUCAAUCAAAGCCUGUGUGUUUUAAAUUUUAUAAAAAGUGCUUUGUUAUAAAGGACUUAUUUCUUAUUCCUGCUAAAUAUAAAAACUCAGAAACCUGCAGUUUUGGAAGGGAGGCAUGGCACAAGAAGAAGACUGGUAGUUUUGUUAAACAAGGACUUAAUCGAGUUCUGUUUUAUCCAAUUAACCCUUUACUAUUUCAUUGUAUAGUAAAGAAAAAAGUGUUUAUAAUAUUGACUGGAUUUUACAGUCACUGAUCUUUCAGCUCAGAUAUAGAUAAUUCAUUUGAAUUAAAAAUAUAUAUAAUGUAUUUGUUUUAUGUCUCUUAGUGUCUGUUAUAUACCAUGCAUUUAUGUUUUCUUGUCAUUAGAAUUGGAUCAAAUCUGCCAUGUCAUUACUAUAGGGAACUCACAAUGAAGACAUUUCCUUUACCUGUUCAGAUGAGCACCUGCUGUGCUACUCAUCUCAGUACCCUAGGCAGUUUUUGUCUCAGAAACUGAAAAAUUAAAUGACACUUGCACACAGUGGUGUCUCAGAGGUAGGAUUUGAACUCAGGAAUGUCAUCUGCGAGGGCAGCUAGAUUAAUGUAGUGGAUAGACCGGAGUUAGGAAAAUUAAUCUUGCUGAGUUCAAAUCUGGCCUCACUUAUUAGCUGUGUAACCCUGUUUCCCUCAGUUGCCUCAUCUGUAAGAUGAGUGGAGAAGGAAAUGGAAAACCACUCCAGUAUC